CCCGACCGCACCCCCAACCCUUUCCCUUUCCCUUUCUUCUCUUUCUCUACUCGCUGCCAGCCGCACGCCCGCCCGGACCACCACCACCCACCACCAGUCUUCUCCACCCUCCAGCAAGACCAGCACGCAGCACGCUGCCCCGCACGCACCCCCUUUCCCUUUCUUCUCUUUCUCUACCCGCCGCACGCCCGCCCGCCCGGCGCCCGACCAGCAGCAAUCCACCGGACCACCACCACCGGCGCACGACCAGCACGCUGCCUGUCUGCUGCGGCCUGCCCACUGCCUGCCCGAUCGAUCUCGCCGAGCGAAGAAGACCAUUGAUUUUCGUCAAUCCCGACUCGGAUUCCGUUGUCCGAUGAAAAUGAUACAAGGAAUUUAAAUGUCUAAGACAUAUUUCGCUGUUGGUACGUGCGGACGUAGCAGAGCUCUGAGAAGUGCAACUCUGCAGUAAGAUGGCCUCUUUCAGAUGGGUUCUUCAACUCCACAAAGAUGUCCCGAGAGCCGCUCGUUUCUACUCGGAAGGCCUCGAUUUCAGCGUCAACGUUUGUACCCUUAGGUGGGCUGAGCUUCAAUCCGGUCCGUUGAAGCUGGCCCUUAUGCAAUCAAGCAGUGACAUUGUCAUGCAGAAAGGGUACUCUUCGCUCCUAUCUUUCACAGUGACUGACAUUAACAGCACUGUAACGAAGCUAAUGGCAUUAGGUGCCAAGCUGGAUGGUUCCAUCAAACAUGAAGUUCAUGGAAAGCUUGCAGGUUGCAGCUGUCCGUUGCCUCGAUGGGCACAUGUUGGGUCUCUACGAACCUGCAUGAAAACACCCCAAGACAUGCGGAGACAAUUGGCUUUAAUUAAAAGCAUCAGAACGUGGGUUGGAACAGAACUUUCAGAAUUCCACCGCAGUUGGGUGGGUUCCAUUCUCCCACACAAGGGGUCGCAUACAAGAAUUCCACUCAUCAAAUGAUCCCAACCAUCCUACCCAAUGGACUUGGCCGGUGGAAAUUGUUCGUGAGGUUUUUCCACCUCGGGAACAAUAUCCCAUCUGGCUUUUUCAUGUCUCAACAAGAAAGCAAUCAACAAGUUAUCAGUAUAUCAAAACUAACGAAGGUGAAGUAUGCUUUCUUGAACCUCCAUCAUUAAAGAAGGAUUGGAUUGGUGUAAAUAUAUGUUCAUCGUCUAUUUUUGAUAUUGAACAAAUUUUAUCUUACCAAACAUAAUUGAACAAUAUAUAAUUAUUCUUUCAAAAAUUAAUAUUCCUAAUAAAAUCCGACAAACUAUUCAAUCUGCA